AUGGACACCAACCAUCGACGAGUUCCCCAAGCUUCAUCGUCUGCGACUAGCACGAGCGACGGUCAUGGCAGGAGAAGAGUCGUCGUUUGCGAUUGUGGGGUUGUUACCCCUCUGAGGACGUCGUGGACAGAUGAAAACCCAGGGCGAAGGUUCUAUGGCUGUGGCUUGUAUCAGGGAAGGAAUAGGAGAUGUGGGUUUUUCCAGUGGCAUGACCGUGAGUUCAAUCAACGCGAGAAGAAGGUGAUUGCUUGGUUACUUACUUUGGUUGAAGGCUUGAAGAAGAAGGAGAAAUUUUGGUUUGGGUGUACUGGAAUAUGCUGCGUAGUCAUUGUGGUGUUGCUUAUGGUGAUUGGCCUUAUGUAUAGGAAGCUUUGA